UACCUCACUUUGGUUUCUCCAAAAAAAAAAAAAAAAAAAAAAAAUCCUAAAUUUCUAGGGUUAGGGUUUUAUCAGGGUUUUCACAAUUUCUCGUGGAAUUUUCUUCGAAAACUGGGUAAGUAAUUGUUCUUUUUCAAUGAUUCAAUGUCUCAUUUAGGAACAAGAACGAUCGAUUGCGUUCCUCAAUCACUCCUCGAUCGUAUCUCUUCCAAAAGAAAAUUAGAUGAAUAUGAUGAAGACCAAGAAUACCCUGAUUUAGUUUAUGUGAAGAUGAAAAGAGAUGAUUUUGAUGCUAAUUAUGAUGUUAAAACUAGGGUUCUUGAUACUAAUAAUCAAUCAGUGUCUUCUUAUACUAGUAGCAGUAGUAGUACUAGAUGUAUUGGGUCUUCAUCAAAGACUUUACAUUUCUUCGUGAGAAACAUGUCUGGUGGUAAUACAAAGGUUAUACAUGCAAAUUCUGAUGAUACAGUUGAAUCUGUUCAUGAACAAAUUAGAAAAAUGACUGGAAUUCCUGUGUUUGAGCAAGGUUUAAUUUAUAGAGGAAAGCAACUUCAGAUGGAUAAAACCCUUGAAGAUUAUUCGAUACAGAACGAUGCACAACUUCAAUUGGUUGGAAGGAUGAGAAGUACUGAAUAUCCCAAAACAUGGAAAGUUGUUAAUCAGUUGAUCUCAACAAUAUGUAGUCUUUGUAGAGGUGAACGUCGUUGUGCAAAUACAGUUAUCGGUGAUGUUAAAAUCUUUAUUGAUAUGGCUUCGCUAUUUAAGAUAAGAAAAGAUAAUGAUGUGAGUUUUGGUCAUAUUCAGAUAUUUGUAUCUGCAGGCGCAGCAGCAGCUCUGGUUAUGAUGUUUGUUUCACCGAUUGCAGGUAACAAAGAGUGUGCUGAAGAGGCGAUCCAACUCUUUUUAAACCCUACUCUUGAUACUGAAACAAAAGAAUUACAAACUCAUUCUGUUUCCAUCAUUUUAGAGUUCUGUAAGUUGCUUAGUAAAACAUCUCAAGACAAUCCACUCUAUAUUUCUUGCCGAAACACGCUGGGGACAAUGUUGGAAACUAUUCAAGUUGUGCACAGGAGUAGAUGUUUUAGCUAUGCGGAGGCAUCUGUUGUAAUUCAGGAGUUGUUUCCAUUUGUAUCUGAGCUGGGACGUAAGGUGAUAAAGGGUUUAGAGUCUUCUAUAAAUUCACCCCAAAUUGCUGUGAUGUCAUUAUUAGGUGAUGUUCGUGAUUUUAAUGCAUUCUUGAUUCCCUUGCGUAACGCAAUUGAGGACCAGUUAGGCGGGAUGGGUCAUCUGCCUAUUUGUUUGACUGAUUUACGCCCCUGUUAUAUCGUUGAGCUAGGAUCACUUCAUGUUAUUUUCUUAGAAAUUCUUGAAAAAAUUGAUGAAUGCUUGAAAAAAAUGGAGAUACCGGUCAGCAAAAGUACAGGGGAAAUUGAUAGUCUUCGAAGUGGGUGGGGUCAAUAUCUUUCUAUUUUGAAGGCACUGAAUACUCUUUCCAAACUUUAUAAAGGUGCUGAAGAAAAUGUUCUCUCUGUUCUGAGGUCAAGGCAGGUUGCUCUAAACGCUCUUAUUAGGAAUGCAAGGAGGAGUGAGGAUCAUCGUUGGAUUCUUGAGCAUAAGGAUUUGACAUCUUUUGAAUCUAGGAGGCAUUUGACGUUGAUGUUGUUUCCUGAGUUGAAAGAUGAAUAUGAGCAUUUGUUUGAAAUGCUUAUUGACAGAGAACAUUUAUUGGCUGAAUCAUUUGAGUAUAUAAGUAAAGCUGAUGCUAAGGAUUUGCAUGGUGGUGGACUUUUCAUGGAGUUUAAGAAUGAGGAAGCGACUGGUCCCGGCGUUUUGCGAGAAUGGUUUUGCUUGGUCUGUCAAGCAAUAUUCAAUCCACAGAAUGCCUUAUUUCUACCUUGCGAAGACGACAACAGAAGGUUCUUUCCUAAUCCAGCAUCCGAUGUCGACCCACUCCACCUUGAAUAUUUUCACUUUUGUGGACGGAUAAUUGCAUUAUCGUUGGUGCACAAAGUGCAAGUAGGCAUCGUAUUUGAUCGCACAUUUUUCUUGCAAUUGGCUGGAGGGACUGUUUCGUUGGAAGAUGUGCGAGAUGCUGAUCCUUCGUUUUAUUCGAGCUGCAAGAAAAUUUUAGAAAUGGAUACUGAAUUAUUGGAUAUGGACGGUGGUUUGGGUCUAACAUUUGUCAGAGAUAUUGAAAAGUUAGGAUCUAGGAAAAGUGAGGAGCUCUGUCCAGGAGGAAAUAAUAUCGCGUUGAAUAGCAGUAACAGGGAAGAGUAUGUAAAUCUCCUUAUACAGCAUCGUUUUGUGAACUCGGUCUCAAAUCAAGUAAGAGAGUUCGCUGAGGGUUUUUCUGAAAUUCUUUGCGAUGCAUCCAUGCGUGAGUUCUUUUUUCGAAGUUUAGAGCUUAAAGAUCUUGAUCGGAUGCUGCAUGGAAGUGAUAGAGCUAUAUGUGUCGAGGACUGGAAGGCGCACACCGAGUAUAAUGGUUGUAAAGAAACUGAUAGUCAAAUCAUCUGGUUUUGGAAGAUUGUAGAAGGUAUGUCAGUUGAGCAACAAAGGGUACUUCUUUUCUUCUGGACAUCAGUGAAAUACUUGCCAGUGGAAGGAUUUGGAGGGCUUCAAUCUCGAUUAUAUAUAUACAGAGCACCCGAACCCCAUGAUAGACUACCUUCAGCGCACACAUGCUUCUAUCGGUUGUGUCUUCCGCGCUAUAGAUCUGAAGCCAAAAUGCAGGAAUCUCUUGAAAUCAUCACCCAAGAACACUUGAGCUGCAGCUUUGGCAUAUGGUGAGAGACACCCGCACACACAAAAAAAGGCUUAAUAGGUGGGUCGUUUGGUUCUUUUCUUUCUUUUGGUGGGAUAUAAAAAUCAAAGCUUGGUUGCAUAUAGAGAUUUGGAGCAGUAUGUACAGAAGUCUUAGGAUCAUAACUUAUUUUUGCAUUUAUAUCUUUAAUUUCAGUAAUAGUCUGUAAGGAGGGUCCGUCUGAUAGUAAGUCUUUUGUCCUGUUAUGUAUUACCCAUCUUCUUUUGGGUUCAGGUCUAUUCAAAUACAUGUGAAUAAAUAAUCUGUUGUAGAAAAAAAGAAAAACUUGAAUCAAGCAUAGACUUUUGGUGUCACAUUCUCUAAUUGCAUAAUAUAUAUUAUAUAUAGUUAGAUUUGUCA